AUGCUUGACCGUCAUCGAUGCUGGUCGUCGAGCAGAGAAGCCCUCUCUGACUCUGAUCGCACACCUUAUCGGUCGACCAACGCAGCACAAAGACGGAAUGCAGCGCGAUGCCCAAUCCUUGCUGCGGAUUCGAAAGGCACACCCUUGCUGGCUAGGUUCUCGACAGUGAUGGAAGCUAUGCCCACGCCGGAUAUCAGUGGGUUACAGCAUCAAUGCGCGUCGGGAAGGAAACGACAGGCACGGUCGAGCAUGUGCGCCUCGGUGACCAUCCAAUCACGGAUAAAUGCCCAAGGCUUGCGUACACUGUACCUCGCGAAGCGCAUCGCAGACCAGGUGACACAGGAGACAGCAAAGUGCUGCAUACUCAUGAUGCUCGCCUUCCUGUGA